UUGAAAAUGGAGAAGGCUCUGCUUUUUGCAAAGCUUGGCAUUUGGCUAGACGGGUUGGGCUUCCAAGUUUUGAGUCCUUUGGGCUAAUCUGAGCCUCGGCCCAUGUUUUGUUUCUGCAGCAUUGUUUUUUACUAUUUCGUUGAACUUUUUUUUAUCUCAGCGGAAGUCACAGCGGCGCCACCAGCCACCCCGCUACCUUCCUGCCUUCCUCGGUUCUUCACGACUCUUUCUUCUUCUCCGUCUUCCUCUCUCUCUCUCACGACUCUUUCAGUUUUCUUUCUUCCUCUCUCCAUAACUGCUCGAUCACAGCCGUCUUCCUAUCUCUUUCGAGCUUCACAGUUGGUCCGGAUCGUCUUUCUGUGGAGUUUCCUUGAUCGCUUUCAAGAAAUCGUUGCUUUCGAAGCAUGUUUUGAAGAUUUUCUCUCUACUGGUGGCCAUCUCUGGGCUUUGGAUUGGCCUCUUGCAGGCAUCCAUAAUACCACGAAGCCAUACUUGGUUGCUACCGAUCUACUUUAUCGUGUCACUUGGAUGCUAUGGUUUAUUAAUGGUUGGAGUUGGUCUAAUGCGAUUCCCAACGUGCCCCCAAGAAGCAUUGCUGCUGCAGCAGGAUAUCGCAGAGGCCAAGUACUUUCUGAAGCAAAGAGGGGUUGAUGUUGACUCCGAGUGAUGGUUUCUUUCUAAUUUCAGUCCUCGCCUCGAGCUUUACCAACGGGAUUGCUGUUUCCGAACCAGGUAGAAGAAUUACAGAUUGGUACUAACUUCGAAGCUUAAGAAAGGAUUACAAGCCUUUCUGAGGGAGAGCCACUUUUGGAUGCCAAGUUCUUUCAAGUGAUUUUGCCCCCUGUUAAGAACCCUGUAGAUUUCUUGUCUGUCAAUUUUCAUUUGUGAUUCUGGUGUUACACUGCCAAUGCUUGUUAUGAUAUCUUUGUAAUCCUUUGUUUUAAUCCCACAGUAUUUUUUUUUCAUUUUUAAGAAACAUAAUAUUUUUACUUUUU